AUAAAAUUCUUUUUUUACGUGCACUUAUAAAUUCUGCUUUUUUUUAAUUUUAUCACAUAAAUUGUUGUUUAUUUAAUCUGUGUUAAAAAUGCUGUCGGAUAAAAUACGUGCGCAGGAUCAUCGUCAUCGUCUAAAGUACACUCAAUGCCGUGUAAAGAGUGGCUCGAUCCGUGUGCCCUCACGCAAAAGCGCCAACAGAGUCAAUACAGGUUCAUUCCGUUCGGUAACCAGCAGAUCUCGCUCAGAAUAUAAUCCAAAUUCAUCAUAUGAACAAUAUCAUUCUCAAUUCGAGGAACAGAAUAGACCACAGCAAGAGUGGAGUCUGUCAACUAAAUCAAUAGUCAUUAGUAGGUCACUAGAUGCUCGCCUUUCUGAAAUGAUAAAAAUAAAAUCGUCGGCAUCUUAUGGUAAGAAAUAUUUCCUAAAGACUUAUCCUUCAGUGCCUUUAAAUAAGUACCCAAUUUUGAAUUUGCCGGAAACUGGCAUACAACUUCAACGUCUGCUACGUCCAGUAAUUUUUAUGGACAUAGAGCUAAAAGCUAUGCGUCCGGUUGGUCGCGUACUUAUCCAACUCUAUACGGAAGCAUCCCCACAAGUUGUGUUGGAGUUUGUGCGAGCAGCAAGAACCGGCAAUGCUAAUAUCUUAAGUAUCAAUCGUUUUUUCCCCUCUCUGUGGCUGGAGGGAGAGUUACGAUUAUCUUCCGAGUCUCAUGUUCACAAGAAACAUGAAUUCGAUACAAGAAGCCUUAACCACACCAACCAUGGUGGCAUCCUUUCUUAUUCACGCGAAAAUCUAAGUGGCCUUGAGGGCGAUCGACUUAGUUUUUCUAUUUCUUUUCGACCAUUGCCAGCAGCGAAUAGCACGCGCGUAGCUUUCGGACGUGUAGUGGGUGGUCUGACAUAUCUUUAUGAACUUCAAGAUUACGGCUCGAAAAAUGGAAGACCUACGAGAAAAAUGUAUAUUAGCAAAUGUGGCCUUUUCUCUAAGACGUUACAUUCCCGAAGGUAUUGAAAAUUCUUUUGUAUUGGUAUUGAAAAAAAUUGUAUACUGUUGCAGAUGCUUAAUUUGAAAUUGAAUAAUUAGAUUGUUUUAAUCUCAAAAUAAA